ACUGGGGUUCCCCCGUCGGGCUCAACUCUUGGAUUGAAGAUUUCAAAUACAGUCCAAAUCCCUGAGCUCACAAGGCCAAAUCAGGUGCUCAUCCGCGUACUGGCUGUCGCUUUAAACCCCACCGACCACAAAAUGGUUACCCAUUUUCCCGUUCCUGGUAACCAAAGUGGCUGUGACUUCUGCGGCAUAAUUGAAAAAAUCGCUUCAGGCAGCACAGAGACCACUUUUCCACCUGGGACAAGGGUCAGUGGGGGUACAUUUCCCUACAGCCGGACCGAAGCCGAAAGUGGUGCAUUUGCACAAUGGAUUGCUGUGGAUUCUCAGUUGCUUCUAAAAGUGCCGGACAAUAUGAGCGAUUUGGAAGGUGCCGCGUUGGGUGGCGUUGGAUGGGGCACUGCCGGGCUUGCAUUUUACGAUUCUGAAGCAUUGGCGCUUGAUGGAACCCCUUCAAACCCUACCAGCACCAACGAGCCUAUUUUGGUCUAUGGUGGGGCUACGGCUACUGGAACCAUGGCAUGCCAACUCCUGAAGCUAUCUGGAUACGCCCCUAUUGCCGUUACCUCGACUUCAUCGGCCUCGCUGGCACUCAAGUACGGUGCAGUCGGUACUGCUAUCUACACAUCUCCAAACUGCGUACAGUCUAUCAAGGAGAUAGCAGGCGGAAAGCCUGUGAAGAAAGUCCUAGACUGCAUCACGAGCGAAGAAUCAGCAGCACAUUCGUUCGCAGCAAUAGCACGGACAGGUGGCAGAUACGCCUGUCUUGAAGGAUUUAACGAAGCUUUCCGAACACGGCAAACUAUUCGCACCAAAGAGGUCAUGGGAUACGAAGGUUUGGGGGUUAAGAUUGAUCUAGGGCCUACACCAUAUUCUCGUGAGGCCAACCAAACGUUGUUUGAUGUGACUGCGCGAGUGGCCGCAGAAAUGCAGAAGCUAGUUGAUGCUGGUCUGAUCAAGACGCACCCGGUGAAGGAAGUUCCUGGAAAGUGGGAGGGGAUAAUUAAAGGGCUGGAGAUGUUGCAUCGGGGUGAGGUGCGUGGACAGAAAUUGGUGGUCAGAAUCAGUUCAUAGUAUGCCCUGAUAUUAUUUACAAUCUCUU